UUAAAUGGCUCGCGGUCUUUGCUUGAUUGUUGUUCUAGCAUUGUCUGUCAUCGCGGCCCAUGCGGCGGACCAUAGCCCUCUUCAAGACUUUUGUGUAGCGGAUAUGAAUGGACAAGUACGGGUGAACGGAUUCGCUUGCAAGACUCCAAGUUCGGUUCAAGCAAACGACUUUUACUUUGGUGGCAUGCAUAUUAUGGGCAACACUUCAAAUGCAUUGGGAUCAAGUGUGACCCCAGCUUUUGUAUUUCAAGUACCAGGAUUAAACACACUAGGGAUCUCACUUGCCCGGCUCGACUUUGCACCAAGGGGAGUUAUCCCACCUCACACUCAUCCCCGUGCUACUGAAAUCUUAACCGUCUUGGAAGGCCAGCUUGAAGUAGGAUUCGUGACAUCAAACCCUGAAAACCGUCACAUUUCAAAAAUACUAAACAAGGGUGACGUUUUUGUGUUUCCUGUGAAUUUGGUGCAUUACCAACGUAAUGUCGGAAGCUCGUAUGCAGUUGCUAUGGUUGCCUUGAGUAGCCAGAACCCUGGAGUGAUUGCAGUAGCUAGUGCGGUUUUUGGCUCAAACCCAGAUAUAUCAACUGAUAUUCUCUCAAAGGCAUUCCAAGUCAGUGAUGAUGUUAUUACUGACUUGCAACUUAAGUUUUAG